AAUAUAUGCAAAAUAUAGUUAUAGUAUUAGUAGGUAGGAUGUUUUAUUUUUGUAUUCAUAUAUGCGUGUAUAUAUAUAUAUGUAUGUAUACACGCAUGAGCGUGUCUGUUAUGUGGGAUGGAAUUUCUGUCCGCAUUCUUUUCUCACAUAUAGAGGUCAAAACACAUUUUACCGUUCGAUUUUGCAGCAGCUUUCCUCGAGAAAAAAAAAAGAAAAGAAAAAAAAUAAAUUUACUGACAUUAAUAAUACUAACAUAUAAACAUGGACACAUCACCUACAAUACCACCUCCGCAUUCCAUGUGACAUGAAUAUAUCAAAGUAACUCGAAGAAGUUACUCGAUAACCGGGGACAGACCUUGUUCGUUUUUUAAUUGACCUUGUCCAUGGAACCCAAAUUGGAUUCCUCGUGAGUCAUUGUAAAAGACACCGAUAAUUCGGAAUUCAUCCAAUGAUAUCAUCUGGAAUUCAUCAAGAGUGACAAAAAAAAGGAAAGAAAGAGAUGUUUCGGAACGAAUGAAUGAAAGAAAUUGGCAAAUUGAAAUCACACGAAGUCGGAUAGCCGCUGCGUCCUUAAAGGCCGAAGAUGCUCAAAAUGAGAACACCAUUAUGGAUACUUCUGAUUGCAUUAAUAUUAAAUGCAUAUACAAAUGGGCUUCCUUACAAUCAGAUUCCUGAAUAUUACACAUCACAACAAUCAUCUUGGUAUAAUAAUAAACAGGAUCAACAACAAGAUAAUAGCUUUUCUAAUGUCUCGCCACACAUUUUGCAAGAACAACAAGUCGGCGAAUUUGGCACGGGUUGGAAUCAAUUAAAUCCUUCACUUUAUAUUAGUCAAUCUGACUUAUAUUCUGGUUCAAUAUCUCAAAACACAGACGUAUCAGAUUUUAUUACACUUUCUCAAACAAACUUAAAGCAAGAAGAAAUAACCGAUGGUGGAUUAACUUUGUCUUGUAAGGGAGAUAAUAAAAUCUGCGUAAAUAAAGAUCUUUGCAUAGAUGGAUACGUUAAUUUCAUACAAAAAGAAUUAAUUCGUGAUAAGCAGCAGAUUCAACAAUGCAAUCUCAAAUAUGAAAUAUGUUGUAUUUUAAAAGAUUAUUUCGAACAAUCAUCAUCUGAUGUUGGUGACACAAGUAUUCCUUUCCUAGAGCAUAGUGAUUAUCUUGAUGUAAAUCCCAUAAUUAAUAAUCAAGAACAUAUUCGUCCAGAACAAGUAGAUCAACAAAAUCUUUUGAUCGAUUUAAGUCCAUCUCAGAAUGUAGAAUCAACAAUAAAAAAUGGUGUUAAACAGGUUGUAAUUCAACAACAAAUUACUGAUUUUAAUAAAGAUACAGAUAUAAGCUCAAGUACUGCAGUACCUCUACAAUCAUCAAUAAGUUCUAGCACUAAUUUAGAUCAUGUAUUUACUCAAGGUUCUGCUGAAGUACAGCCAUCAUCAAAUUUACCAAAUUCAAGAUUUACUGAUUUCCAAGUACCAUUACAAUUAGGAUGUGCAGCAGCUUUACUUUGUGUAGAAGAACAAUUUUGUACUAAAGAAGGAGUAAUUAGCACACAGCCUAUCACAUUUACAGAAAAGGAUAUUCUACAGCGUGUUCCAUUAAGUAGUUGUAAAAAUUCUGAGAAUGGAAUUAUUGGAAAAUGCUGUCGUGAUCCGAAUUAUGUAGAUCCAUGGCCGACGGGUAAUUUACCAGCAAAUUAUUCUGGUGGUUUUGAUGAACAAGGAUUUCCAACAUUUUUAAAUAUAGCAAAAGUACGACCACCAAAGAAACCAACUAGUGCCACAAAAACAGCAUCAACUAUUAAACCUUCAGUGAAACCAACUACAUCUAGCAAUGAACAAAUUUUUACUACUAAAUCAUCUAUUCCAACAUUAUCCACGUUAUCAAAUGAGAAUAAUUAUGAAGUUCCUGAUUCUUCUAUUCAUAUAACUAAACAAGACACUGGACCAUUCUAUACUCCACAAAAUCCAUUGAUAUCAAAUGAAACACCUUUUAUUGAACCAAGACCAUUCACAAGUAAUAUCUAUAAUACUGCAUCCAGCAAACAAAAUUCUGUAUUGGUUCCAUCUGGACAAAUACAGAAUAAAUGUGGAGUACGAAAUAAUGUUUUACAUACAGAAGAAUUAGAUAAGCCUGUAACAUCUUUUGGUGAAAUUCCAUGGCAAGCAAUGAUAUUAUCAAAUAAACAUCGCAGUAUAUUAUGUUCUGGAGUAAUAAUAACACCAAACAUUGUUUUAACAACAGCUUAUUGUGUAAAUGGAAUUACACCACAAGAAGUUUCAGUAAAGUCUGGAGAAUGGAAAUUAGGAUAUGAGCUUGAAUAUGAAGAACCACUUCCAUUCGAAAUAACAAAUGUAUCGUCUAUUGUUAUUCAUCCAAAUUAUGUACUGGGAUCUUCUUUGAAUGAUAUUGCAGUUCUCUAUUUAGAAAAUGCUAUAACAUACAACAGACAUGUAAAUCCAUUGUGUCUGUCAAAUUCAAUUGAAACUCAAACAUUAAAUAAAUGCAUUGUAACAGGAUGGGGCCAAGCAAUAAUUAAAGUACAUGCACUUGGUGCUAUUAUGAAUAGUCUUGAUCUUGACAUUUUAUCACCUGAUGUGUGUAUGCAACAUGCAUCUGGACAAAAAUAUAAUAUAAAUAUAGAAUAUGGUUCUAUAUGUGCAAAAUCACAUAAUAUAAAUCAUAAUAUGUGUCAAACUGAAAUUGGUGGACCAUUAGCUUGUCAAAGAGAAAACGGAAUCUACGAACUUGCUGGACUUUAUAGUCAGGAUAAUGGUUGCUCUCCUACGCAUCAAAUUGCAAUAUUUACACCUAUUGACAAUGAUUGGUUAAAGAAAAUGAUAUAUUAUAAUGAAAAAAAUAUAUCUUCUUCAACAUUUAAUACAAAAGACGACUUGUAUGACUAUAGGAAAAGCGAUCUUCCAUCCAAAAUAAAUCAAUAUUUACCACCAAUCUAGCAAGAAAGUAUACAAUUAUAAUAUA